ACUCCUCAUCCUGGAGCUGGUCCAGCACUUAUUGCCCACCCCUAUCCUUUCUUCUCCUCCGCAUUCUCUUCAUUCCUGCUCGCGCUGCUUUCGCUCGCUUGUUCGCUUGUCCGCUUACCAGCUGGUGGCUGGCUUGCCCCUCCCCGCCCUAGAGUGUUUCUUUUUCUGUCCUUGCUGCUUUUAACUGAUAUCACCCAUUUCAUCCCCUCACGUCGCUGUCUUUGCCCUUCUGUUCUCUCCUCCCGUGCCCUUCCUCACCUGAUUUGGGCAACCCAUCUCCACCGCCACCCAACUUGUUCCCUAGGUUUUCACACCCCUCCGAUCAUCCCAUCCGCAAUUUAUUGGGGGCAUCUGCCACUGCCAGCUGUUGUGACCGUUGGCUUUUGUUUUUCAUCACUUCUUUUCAUUUCGACCUCCGAUUCUAGUGAGAUGGGUGUCGUAACAAAUCAGCGAUCCCGUCUAAAGUCACCCUCGGUCGAUUACUCCAGCCUCUAUCCAUCAACGUCACCAAAUAGUAUCCACCACAAUUCUCAAAGUCAAAACCCCUUCGACCCACACGUCUCUAAUAGAUUCUCCAACAUGCCCGCGUUAUCAGACGUCAAAACUGCGUCCGCCGCUGGCCAAGGUCUGCUCAUCGGUCUGCUCUCGGCUUUCGGAUCAGCAGCCUUGGUGGGAAUAAUCAUCGUUAUCAUCUAUCUUUUUCGAAACACAUCACGGGGUAGGAUCUGGUUGGAUAGGAUAGGGAGGCCUGGGGAGUAUGAUGAUGAACAGGCACUGGCGAGGGAGGAGGCGGAAACUUUGGAACAGAUGGACGAGAUUUCGAGACAGGAGUAUUUGAGAGCGAAGGGUAGGCUUCUGAUAUCUCCGGGCAGCGUAAACGCGAUCGGGAUAUUUUUUUCCCUUCGGUAAACGGGCUCUAGUUUACUGACGAUUCUCGCCUGGUGAUGUGCAGCAUUUAUCGAAGCAAACCCUCCUGAUUCUGUUCCAACCGACAUAUCCCUGUCGCAGUUCUUGGCGAUUCAAGAGAAAGGAGUUUCGGCAUGGGAAUUUGAGGCCGAGCUCGAGAUUGCAAACUGCUUUGUGGAAGCGCGGACGGAGAUUGAAUUCUAUGACUCGGUUUGCUCGGUCCAAAGCAAUCUCCCUGUUCCAAAGCAGAAUGAGGUGUACUACUGGGAAGCAAAACUUUACGAAAAGCCGGAGAAUACCUUGCUAAGUAUCGGCAUGUCGACCAAACCUUAUCCUAUGUUCCGGUUGCCAGGUGAGUUCAUAUUUUAUCACCCCAUCACCGGAUAAACGGUCAGGGUAUAGGGGGAAGUGGGUUUUAAUCCUGUGAUAGGUUGGCAUAAGCACUCAAUCGCGUACACCUCUUCUGGUCAGCGGCGACACAAUCAGCCGUUCCACGGCACAUCAUAUGCUCCCUCGUAUCACCAAGGCGAUGUUAUUGGUGUUGGCUACCGUCCGAGAACCGGAACAAUAUUUUUCACUCGGAAUGGCAAGAAACUUGAAGAUGUUGCUCACGGGUUGAAAUCUCUCAACUUGUUUCCAACUGUCGGCGCAAAUGGCCCUUGCACUGUCCAUGUAAAUUUUGGUCAAUUAGGCUUUGUGUUCAUUGAAGCAAACGUGAAGAAGUGGGGGCUUGCACCAACCACCGGAAGCCUGGCGCCCCCGCCGCCUUACGGGAGCGAACAAGGAAGUAUCUUAUUGGAAACCGGACAGAGAGGACAGAGUCCUAGUGGGUACUUCGAAUCACAGGCUCCGCAUCAACAUGGGCGAGGGCGUAGCGGAAGUGCUUUGCAGACCGGGCUUGCGAAUUCCGGCAGAGCAGGCUCAUCCGCCGUCAGUCCCACGUCGCCGGGGCCGGAGAGAAGCCCGACGGAUAUCUCGUUAGCCAAUAUCAACGUUUCCCCAUCGGCUCAUACCGCAGGAAACCUUGUUCGACAAAACAGCCCCCCACCCGAUUAUACCAGCCAAUCGUCAAUGGGAAGCAGCAGUAGUGAGGAUGGCGACGACAGUGACGAAAGCAGAAGAAGGUCGGAAAGGGGUGUGGAAAGAGAACGGCUUUUACGACGAAGUCCUACGCCUGCGUAUAGGGAUGUGGUGUCGUCUGAAUUUCCUGCUUGGCCAACUGGAGGGAGAAGCAGGAGCGGUAGUGCCCCGGCUGGUCCCAGUGGGAGUGGGAGGAGAUUCUAGAGAGAAGGAAAAGGAAAAAGGAAAGAAUAGGCAUUCAGCGAAAUUUGAAUGAAGAUCGAGAGAAACCUUGGCCUCAUUACUCAAAAGCACAAGAACCUUUCCUUUUUUUUGUCUGUUUUUUUUUCUUUUUUUUUCUUUUUAUACUCUAGGUUCUGGGUUGAUGUUCAUGAAAAAUAAUUUUUACUUUCUUGUUUUUCUUCACUCUCUCGGGGAUUUCAUAUUUUCCUUUUGUUUUUGCUUUUUGCCUGGAGCCGGUUUUUCUAAAGCGUAUUUGGUGGGGUUGAUGAUAUUCGGAGAGUACAUUCACAUUGGGUAGGCUGUUAGCGGGUGAGCAGAUGGAGGUGGGUGUUCACGUCGGUGGGUGAGUGGGUGGGAAAACCAGUCAUCAUCAUCAUGUCCAGUUGCUUUUUUAUUGUCUCAUUGCCAUCAUUUGUUCGUUUUUGUGUUUUUCUUUUUCGUUUAUGGGACGCUUUUUGCUGCAGGGUUUCGGGGUUGGGGAGUAGGAUACUUUGUCUUGUCCGUCACUUGCUUCACUUUUUUCUUCUUUUUUCUUUUAUUCCUUUCCCCUCCGCCGUUGGGUUAAAUAUCUCAUAUAUAUCUACCAUAGUGCUAGCGCGGAUGGGGGAUGGAGUUGAGGCGGGGAGAGGGGGGAGGGUAGUAUAAUAUGGAUAUGGUAAUUGCAAGUAUCCACCUGUCUGUUGGAAAUCACUCGCUCACCCUUCGUGCUGUUGCCUCGUCCGUUUGGCAUUGUGCUUGUGCUGUGAUGCACCACCACUGUGACACAGCGCAGUACCCUACUGUACAUGGGUCUGAUUCGACUUGCCUUUGGUGUUUCCUCAUUCUAUUUCCCCCCCCCCUUUUUUAUACUUCUUUUUUUUGUCCAUCUGUCCCAUGUCGAUGUAUCGUCAUACCCUACAACGGGGGGGUCUUGUUUAUAUCAUAUCAGUGGCAUUGCACCAUAACGUGCGCCUACUCAGUUUCCUCUACCCACUUUGUAUGAUAUGGUCGAAGAAUGCCGCGCAGCUUAUUAUGCAAUGGGUAGACCCAGGGUUUUGUUCAUUUAUUUAUCUCGUAAACAAUAAGUUAGUGGGCGUGCCAGUAGCAGCAAGCAAGCAAGCAAGCAAGAAGAGGAAAAGGCGGUUCCAGGAGGCGAUGCCGGUAUAGCGAGGUCAGGCCAAACCAUCAUAUAAUACCUUAGACCGCGGGUGAUAUGGAGCACAGCAUGCUCAGACAAGGCGAACGUACGAUAGACUACUCGAGUACUCUACAGACCGAUAGACAAACUCACGCCCAGUCUUCCUAGCCCGGCCACGGCCGGGCAAUCUAACCCCAAAGUUCAAAACUCCCACGAUUAUCCAAAGGACCGGGACUAGUCCUUACACCGUAUUAUAGUCUUAUCAUCACAUGCCGAACCCCCCCCGCUUCCCCCUUCCCCUUCUCAUAUCGUACUCGUAGCAGAUGCACGGUGCAAUAUCACGCCGUACAUGACUGGGAGCACCCGGGGAUUCCCGCCGUGCAAGGCAGUAGCAGCAGCAGCAGCAGUUCAUCCGUCCCUUCAGUUGUAAGUCCAUCGGUCGGUCAGUCGGUCGGAUCCUGUAACAAUAAUAUUAACCUGCAGUGGCGGGUACAGCACAGUAAAGCAAAGCACAAGUGCUUGGAUGUACAGUAUCAUACCGCACGAUGCUAAAACGCAACUAACCCAUCCCGCAUCACGGAUCGCGGUGAUUGCAGUAUGGUAGAUGCCCUGGCUCACGACCGACCGGGAAGUAGACACCCCGGUUGAUAUCCAAUUAGUUCUGGUGUGGUGAGCAAGGUAAGGUAAGCCCCGUCGGAUCUAUAGAGAGAGAAAAAAGAGAGAGUAUGUGAGUGUGUGAGGGUGUGUUGCGGACAGGAAAGUUUAAAAAGCUUAAUUUCCUUGUUGUGGUUUUGUGCUGACUGGCUGACUGGCUGGCUGACUGAUUGACUGAUUGAUUGACAUAUGAUGGAUGCUCGUACGGUAGCCUAUAUGCACAUCUCUGUGCGAGGACCGGGAGCUUACGGUAUGGUCGGGGUAUUACAUUGUCGUACCGUGCCCUUGUGUAU